GACCCCCCUCCCUUCACAUCCCCUGGGGUCCCACUAACCCCCCUCUGCUCUGGCCACAGCUGGGGACCACGUCCCACCUUCCACCAUGGAGCUGAACCAGACGUCCCCACCUCCCUCAUCUCCCGUGAUGGACACUGAAGGAGAUGAUUCCUGUGGGAUCAAUGUCACCGAUGUGGCCAUAGACGGUGCCACUCUGCUCAUCUGCCUCUGUGGGCUGGCUGGGAACGGGGCUGUCCUCUGGCUCCUCGGAUUCCACAUCCGCAGGAACCCCAUCACUGUCUACAUCCUCAACCUGGCCGUCGCCGACUUCACCUUCCUCCUCUUCAUGUUCCCCUCCACCCUGCUCUACCUGCUGGAGGACGUGUCCUGCUCCACUGUCGUGUCCCUGAAGUACCUGAGGUCCCUUCUCCUGCUGUCGCUGUUCUCCUACAACAUGGGGCUGUACCUGCUGACAGCCAUCAGCAUCGAGAGGUGUGGUUCAAUUCUCUUCCCCCUCUGGUACCGCUGCCGCCGUCCCCAGCGCCUGUCAUGGGUGGUGUGUGCCCUGCUCUGGGCCCUUUCCAUCGCCGUCAUGGUCGUGGUGACCUCCCUGUGCCUGUCACACGAGCAAGAGCACUGCCGGGUGGCUCUCAUCUCCAUGUACGCCCUCAGCUUCCUCAUCUUUGCUCCACCCAUGGUCAUCUCCAACGUGAUCCUCUUCAUCAAGGUCCAGUGUGGCUCCAAGAGACGUCAGCCUAAGCGGCUCUACAUCGUUAUCUUCCUCACUGUGCUCUUCUUCCUCAUCUUUGGAGUGCCCCUCAGCCUCUGCAAUUUCCUUCAGCAGCUCAGCCCCACCCUUGUGCCCUCCCACGUGGUCUUCCUGCUGGCCUGCAUCAACAGCAGCAUCAACCCCUUCAUCUACUUCUUGGUGGGGAGCUGCUGGAGGCGCUGCUCCGUCGUGUCCCUCCAGGUUGCCUUCCGGAGGGUCUUUGAGGAGACAGGGAUCACCACAAUGUCCAGCUGAGAGGCUGCUGUGGUCCCACCGGCCAUGCUGCCCACGCUGGCUUCAUGCUCAGCUGCCCACCCUUGCUCCCAGCCAGGCCUGCAGGUCAUCUUCCUGCACCUGUGAGUCAGGAUGCAUCCCGCGGCUUUUCCAUCCCUUUUCCCAUCCCACUGAUCCAUGUUGUUGUGUCUAUCCCUAUCCCCAUCCCCAU